CCGGCUUCGACCGAAGCCGACGUCGGGUCGAAGGGACGACCGCCGACUCGACAGCCACCGACACCCGCGCCCCGACGGAGGCUGGACCAGAAGCAGACAGGAGUUUUGAGUUAUGUACCCGACCCCGAUGGAAACGUAUCAUGUGCUCCCUGGGCUUUAAACUCAAGAAUACACCUUCAAACAAAACCUCGCUGCGCUGGGGCGACGGAUGCUGCCUAGUGACAUCUAGCGUUGACAUUUGAACCACGUGCCAGAACUGCGUGCGUCAGGAAGCGCAGUCACUGGCUCCCGGCGAAGAGUGUUGCGUCGUUGGCGAGUGACUUGCAGCUUCGGAACAUUCCGUUAUUGCUGAGUGGUUGAGAGAGACUUGGGCUUCCCGGACUGGGGCAACGACGGACAACAUAUUUUAAUAACGCGAGAGUCUUAGUUUUAUAAAGAUUUGUAGUAUUUUAUUUCGUUAUCGCUUUCAGUUAAAAGUAGAUCUUCCAACGGGAACAACAAGGGUGUAAAGAUGGAGUUCAACAUUGCCGGCGUCAUCAGCAUCAUCCUCUUCUACGUGCUGAUCCUGCUGGUCGGGAUCUGGGCUGCCAGGAAGAAACCCCCGGGAGAGGAUGACAGCGAGGACGUCAUGCUGGCCGGCAGGAGCAUCGGCGUCUUCGUCGGCAUUUUCACCAUGACCGCGACCUGGGUGGGAGGAGGCUACAUCAACGGCACGGCGGAGGUCAUCUACGACAUGGGCAUCGUGUGGUGUCAGGCGCCGUUCGGCUACGCACUCUCGCUGGUGUUCGGAGGCAUCUUCUUCGCCAACAAAAUGCGAGAGCAGGGGUACGUCACCAUGCUGGACCCCUUCCAAGAGGUGUUCGGCGGUCGCAUGGGAGGGCUGCUCUUCAUACCUGCCCUGCUCGGGGAGGUCUUCUGGUCGGCCGCUACUCUUGCUGCCCUCGGUGCCACGCUCAGCGUGAUCCUCAACUGGGAAAUGGAGCUGUGCGUCGUAGUGUCGGCGUGUAUCGCCAUCUUUUACACGUGGACCGGCGGCUUGUACUCCGUGGCGUACACAGACGUGGUGCAGCUGGCUUGCAUAUUUUUGGGUCUGUGGCUGUGCAUACCGUUCGCGU